AUGGGCGACGGAGGACGCUGUGGAGUGGUAACUUUCCUCGGCAAGGAUAACCUGGGCCUCACCACUACGAAAACCAACCUUGGGCAGUGCGGGCCGGACGAAUAUUGCCUUGAUUCUUACUGUAAGAAGAAAAUACCUAGGGGUGGUCACUGCGAGGCAACAGAUCAUUGUUUUGCUUCGGACUAUUGUGCGCCAGACAACACCUGCCAACUUAAAUUAAAGAGGAACGGCACAUGUAGCAAAGAUUCUCAAUGCCAGGGCAAUAUUUGCGCCAAAGGGAUGUGCCAGAAUAGUGCCUGUGGAAGCAACGAAGACUGCAAGAAGGGGAAGAUUUGCGCCUACCCAACUGACAAUUGGCUCCCUACCGUUGAGAAAGCAAUUCGAACUUGCAGGUCUCGGGGCGAUGCCGUGUUUGGCCGCACCUGCAAGACGGACCAGAACUGCGAGUGGUGUCCCCUGGAAGGGAAAAUAGCAAGGACCAUGAAGCUAAGAAAAGAUCUGAAGAAGCUAUACAAAGCAUUGGGGAAAGCCAUCACUGAGGAAGAAGUGGAAAAGGCUCUGCCACUGCCGACGGGGCCACCAUGCAAGCGACAAAGGAAGUGUCAACUUGGUGUUUGCGUCGAGAAUAACUGGUUCAGAAAUGGCAAGGCCACCACGGGCUUCGUCUGCCGCAGCGACGAAGACUGCGCCUCUGGGAACUGCGAGGUCUCGACGCACAAGGACGGCAAGAUUACCUUGAGAUACUGCGGACGCCGCAAGACCUCGACAAGCCGUCGUUGA